AGCUCUAAUGUGAAACGCGCAUGAACGUAUUUGCGCUAAACAAAAGAAAACCCGACAAACGCAUAAUAUUGGCAUGUCUGAGGAUGAUGAGGCAGGCGUGCAUCGCUUGGAGGGCACCACGGGCGAGGAGCUGCGCGGCGGCCUGGUGCUCAAAAAGCCAAAGGAUGGCUGCACCAGCGGCAGCUUUAAAGUACCGCAGGGCUCCCUGCUGGGCCUCGACAAAUUGGCCGCGAAGCGACGGGCCGAGAAGGCUAGAGCCGAACGCCUGAUCUCAUUUCAGGAUAGCGAAUAUGACGACGGCGGUGGCACAGCCUCCAGCACAAUGCCCACAACGCCCAACGCCAGCGAGUUCGCCUUCAAAAAGCCGGACACGAAAAGCUUCGAGAAGCUGAGCCGUCAGCUGCGCGAGCACAAGGAUGAGACACCCUCGCACACGGGCGGCGUAUCAGAGAAGGCGCGCGAACGCCUGCGCGAGCACAUUCAACGAGAUCGGGAUCGCCACAAGGGCGCCGUUCGCAAAUCGUCGCGCGAUGACUCAGAGAUGAGGCGAGACCGCGAGAGAGAGCGCGAUAGGGAGCGUGAACGGGACAGACAGCGUCGCGGCGAUGAGCGACGCAAGCGGGCACGCGACCAAGACCAGGAGCGUUACGGCGGACGAGACGUUAGACGUCGUGACCGGGAUCGAGAUCGAGACCGAGAUCGUUCCAUGUCCGAGCGCAGCUUGCAUACACCCAGGGAGCCGGGCACACCUGGUGGUGGCGCCGGCAUCGGCAGCGUGUCUAAUAGUUCCUGGGAUGAUGACGAUGCCGAAGGCAGCAGCAAUCGCAAGUCCGAUUGGGAUUUUCCAACGCCACGCGGCGCUGGUUCCGGUUCUGGGUCUGGCGAUUGGUCGGAACGAGGUGGCAGCAGUCGCAGUCGCAGCAGCCGGAGUCACAAUGCAGCGGAUGAUACGACGCGUGCGACGCCCGCUCAUCGCUACAAUCAAUGGAUGCACGAUCGGAAGCGGAGCGGCGCCACGCCCUGGACAGGUGACGCCGAGUCCCGGGAUCUGUGGGAGGAGGAGCAGCGGCGUCUCGAUCGCGAGUGGUACAACAUUGACGAGGGGUACGACGACGAGAACAAUCCGUUCGGUGGCACCACCAAUGCCGAAUACUUUAGCCGCCGCGAAGAGCAGCUGGAGCAGAAGCGCAAGAAGCGCAUCAGUGCCCAACAGCGCCAGAAUAAUCGGGACAAUGAGCUGUGGGAGCGGAAUCGUAUGCUCACCUCGGGAGUCGUCACAUCGAUCAAUGUGAGCGAUGAUUUCGAUGAGGAGGCGGUGGAACGUGUCCAUUUGUUGGUGCAUCAUAUUGUGCCGCCGUUUUUGGAUGGUCGCAUUGUGUUCACAAAGCAGCCGGAGCCGGUGGUGCCCGUCAAGGAUCCCACCUCCGAUAUGGCGCUGCUGGCGCGCAAAGGCAGCGCCCUGGUGCGCAACUAUCGCGAGCAGAAGGAGCGUCGCAAGGCGCAGAAGAAACACUGGGAGCUGGGCGGCACCAAGCUAGGCAACAUUAUGGGUGUACAGCGGCCGCAGGACGAGGACGAUGCCAAAUAUGAUAAGGACAAUGACACCGCUGACUAUCGCAAGGAUCAAAAGUUCGCCGAUCAUAUGCGCGACAUGCAGGACACCAAAAACGGUGGCGGCAAAAGCGAAUUUUCGCGCAAGAAAACGAUUGGGGAACAGCGUCGCUUUCUGCCCGUGUUCGCCUCACGCCAGGAGCUGCUGAACGUCAUCCGGGAGAACUCGGUGGUGAUCAUUGUCGGCGAAACGGGCAGUGGCAAGACCACACAGCUCACCCAAUACCUGCACGAGGAUGGCUACAGUCAGCGUGGCAUGAUCGGAUGCACUCAGCCGCGUCGUGUCGCCGCCAUGUCCGUUGCGAAGCGUGUCUCCGAUGAAAUGGACACACAAUUGGGCGAGGAUGUUGGCUAUGCGAUCCGUUUCGAGGAUUGCACCUCGGAGAGCACCGUCAUCAAGUAUAUGACCGAUGGUAUUCUAUUGCGUGAGAGCCUGCGCGAUCCGGACUUGGACAGCUAUGCGGCCAUCAUUAUGGACGAGGCGCACGAGCGUUCCCUAUCAACGGAUGUACUCUUCGGAUUGCUGCGCGAGAUUGUGGCACGUCGCCAUGACCUGAAGCUGAUUGUGACGUCGGCAACGAUGGAUUCGACAAAGUUUGCAACAUUCUUUGGCAAUGUGCCGACGUUCACCAUACCGGGACGGACCUUUCCGGUGGAUGUGAUGUUUAGCAAGAAUGCGUGCGAGGAUUAUGUGGAGUCGGCGGUGAAGCAGGCGCUGCAGGUGCAUCUGACGCCCAACGAGGGGGACAUGCUGAUAUUUAUGCCCGGCCAGGAGGAUAUCGAGGUGACGUGCGAGGUGCUCGAGGAGCGCCUCAGCGAGAUCGACAAUGCGCCCGAGCUGAGCAUAUUGCCCAUCUAUUCGCAACUGCCAUCGGAUCUGCAGGCGAAGAUCUUCCAGAAGAGUGCCGAUGGGGUGCGCAAAUGUGUGGUCGCCACAAAUAUAGCGGAGACAUCGCUAACCGUUGACGGCAUCAUCUAUGUGAUCGAUUCCGGCUACUGCAAACUGAAGGUCUACAAUCCCCGCAUCGGCAUGGAUGCCUUACAGAUCUAUCCCAUUUCGCAGGCGAAUGCCAAUCAGCGUUCGGGUCGUGCCGGCCGCACUGGUCCCGGCCAGGCGUAUCGCCUCUACACCCAGCGACAGUACAAGGAUGAGCUGUUGGCCCUCACCGUGCCGGAGAUACAGCGCACCAAUCUGGCCAAUACGGUACUGCUGCUCAAGUCGCUGGGCGUUGUCGAUCUGUUGCAGUUCCAUUUCAUGGAUCCACCGCCGCAGGAUAACAUCCUCAACUCGCUGUAUCAGCUGUGGAUAUUGGGUGCACUCGAUCACACUGGCGCCCUGACCACGUUGGGUCGACAAAUGGCCGAGUUUCCACUGGAUCCGCCACAAUGCCAGAUGCUCAUCGUUGCCUGUCAAAUGGAGUGCAGCUCCGAGGUCCUCAUCAUUGUUUCCAUGUUGUCGGUGCCAUCGAUAUUCUAUCGGCCCAAGGGCCGCGAGGAGGAGGCGGAUGGUGUGCGCGAAAAGUUCCAGGUGCCCGAAUCGGAUCAUCUCACCUACCUCAAUGUCUACUUGCAGUGGAAGCAGAACAACUAUAGCUCCACAUGGUGCAACGAGCAUUUCAUACACAUCAAGGCGAUGCGAAAGGUGCGCGAGGUGCGUCAGCAGCUAAAGGACAUUAUGACGCAGCAGAAGAUGAACGUGAAGUCGUGCGGCACCGAUUGGGACAUUGUGCGCAAGUGCAUCUGUUCUGCCUAUUUCUAUCAGGCGGCACGGCUGAAGGGCAUCGGCGAGUAUGUGAAUCUCCGAACGGGUAUGCCCUGCCACCUGCAUCCGACAUCGGCGCUUUAUGGACUGGGCACCACGCCCGACUAUGUUGUCUAUCAUGAGCUGAUUAUGACCGCCAAGGAGUAUAUGCAGUGUGCCACUGCUGUCGAUGGCUAUUGGCUGGCGGAAUUGGGACCGAUGUUCUUUUCGGUCAAGGAGACGGGACGCAGUGGUCGCGACAAAAAGAAACUGGCCGCCGAGCAUCUCAAGGAGAUGGAGGAGCAAAUGUUGCAGGCCCAGCACGAGAUGGAGGAGCGUAAACAACAGGCGGCCCAGCGCGAGGAGCAACUGGCGGCCAAGCAGGAAAUCGCUACGCCAGGCAAUGCAACGCCCAGACGGACCCCAGCUCGCAUCGGCCUCUAAGAUCUAAGAACAUUAUUAUCAUUAUUAUUGUGUAUUUCAAUUUCGAGCAUAUGUAUGUAUUUGGACUUUUCCAGAAAUUUCAUUAUGACCUGGAUUAAUGUUAAGCUAAAUAAACCUUCCUGUCCUUCUAACAUGUAAAA